AUGGGUUCAAGAAAUAAAAUGCUAUUUUAUGGAAACACACAAAUGGCACAGAAAAGAUACGCGAGUAAUUUUUUAUCAUUGUGUAAAGAAAAAAGUUAUGAUUAUGAGAAUUAUCAGAGCUGUAUAUCAUACAUUAUAUCAUUCCUACCAUUAUUAUUAAUUUGUGUAAUUCAUCUUUUAAUUAAUGUAAAUGGUUAUUAUAUUGGAAAUUUAUUUUUAAUGAUAUCCUAUUUGUUUUCCUUUUUUUUUUUUAUAUUAUAUUAUUCAAAUUCUUAUAUUGUUUUUGUUCUAUUUGUUUUCUCCUCUUUUUUAAUAUCACUAUGUUUACAUGAGUUUGCGCACGCUCUUGUUGCUUAUAAAUAUGGAGACAUAACAAUGGUAUAUAAAGGUUAUUUAUAUCUGGAUAUUUUGAAUUAUUUUGACAUAUUCCAUACAUUAGUAAUACCUUUAAUAACAUUAUUUGUGACAGGAUUUAGUUUACCAGGAAAUUUAUAUUGGUUGCAAUUACAUUUUAUAAAAAGUACAUAUCAGUUAUCAUUUAUUUUUUUAUCUGGCCCCUUGGCAGAUAUUUUAUAUAUCGUACUAAUUGUGUUUUUUUAUAAUUUAUGUGCUUAUUUUAAAAAUAAAAAAAAUUUAAGUGUUUAUCCACAAUCUAUAUUGUUUAUAUCCUUAGCAACUUCUGCUUCUUUCCUAGUUGAUUCUUUUCUUUUAAAUAUAUGCCCUAUUCUUGGAUUUGAUGGAUGGGGAAUCGUUGAGCCAUAUCUGCCUUACUGCAUAAGGAACUUAAUCAACGAAGAGAUUGUAUACACCUAUUUGUCUUAUAUAUGCCCCCUCCUUGUUUUCAUAUAUUUUAAUUUUAUUGAAACAAAGUAUCUUUUUUUUACAAACAUUGUUAACUUUAUAUUAGAAAGGAUUUUGGGAAUUGAAAUAUCACAUGUAACAAGUGGAGUUAACUCUUUCCCAACAUUGUAUGAUUACCUUAGAAAACUAUAG